CCCUUUCCACUUUCUCAAGCGCUCGGUCAACCCCGCCGGGAAGAUUUGGGCUGAAAUCACGGCUUUCUCUGCAUGAUCGACAGCUCCGGGACAAACCAUCGGCGGCCUGGGGGGGAGCCUCCUCCCUCCUCCUCCGCUCCUCCACCAUCUCCCGCACCUCCUCCGCUCCCCUCCUCCCCCAUCCCCGCCUCCCCCUCCCCAAAAUCACCGCCGCCCGCCGCCCCCCGCCGCCCCCCGCCGGCUGCGCGGAGCCCGGGGCCGGGGCGGGCGGCGCUGGGGGGGCUCUCCCCGGAGAACGGCGGCGGUGGGCUCGGCCCGGCCGCGACGGCGGGGGCCGGCGGUGAGCUCCGUGCCCGCGGCCGUGCCCGCGCCGGCGGCGGCCCCAGCGAGGGGCUCGGCUCGGAGCUGGGCUCGGAGCUCCGCUGCCGCCGCCGCCGCCGCUCCCCGGCUUCCAUGGAGCGCCGGCAGCGCCGCGUCUGAUGCCCGGCCCGGCGCGCACCAUGGGGCCGCUGUGGCUCUGCUGCCUGCCCCUCGCCUUGCUGCCCCUGCUCGCCGCCGUGGAAGAGACGCUGAUGGACUCCACAACGGCCACAGCAGAGCUGGGCUGGACGGUGCAUCCUCCCUCGGGGUGGGAAGAGGUGAGUGGAUACGACGAGAACAUGAACACAAUCCGCACCUACCAGGUGUGCAACGUCUUUGAAUCCAGCCAGAACAACUGGCUCCGGACCAAGUACAUCCGGAGGCGAGGAGCACACCGCAUCCACGUGGAGAUGAAAUUUUCCGUCCGGGACUGCAGCAGCAUCCCUAACGUCCCAGGCUCCUGUAAGGAGACUUUUAAUCUCUACUACUACGAAUCAGACUUUGACUCUGCCACCAAGACUUUUCCCAACUGGAUGGAAAACCCUUGGAUGAAGGUAGAUACAAUUGCUGCCGACGAGAGCUUCUCGCAGGUGGACUUAGGUGGGCGGGUGAUGAAGAUCAACACCGAGGUGCGCAGCUUUGGGCCCGUCUCCAAAAACGGUUUCUACCUGGCCUUCCAGGACUAUGGAGGCUGCAUGUCUUUGAUCGCAGUGCGCGUCUUCUACCGCAAGUGUCCCCGUGUGAUCCAGAACGGGGCUGUCUUCCAAGAAACUCUUUCAGGAGCGGAGAGCACCUCCCUGGUGGCGGCUCGGGGGACGUGCAUCACCAACGCGGAGGAGGUGGAUGUGCCCAUCAAGCUGUACUGCAACGGGGACGGCGAGUGGCUGGUGCCCAUCGGCCGCUGCAUGUGCAGGGCAGGCUACGAGUCGGUGGAAAACGGGACCGUCUGCAGAGGCUGCCCAUCAGGGACUUUCAAGGCCAGCCAAGGGGAUGAAGGAUGCAUCCACUGCCCGAUUAACAGCCGGACAACUUCGGAAGGGGCCACCAACUGCGUUUGCCGAAAUGGAUAUUACCGGGCAGAUGCUGACCCUGUCGACAUGCCCUGCACCACCAUCCCGUCUGCCCCCCAGGCCGUGAUCUCCAGCGUGAACGAAACCUCGCUGAUGCUGGAGUGGACCCCGCCGCGGGACUCGGGGGGCCGGGAGGACCUGGUGUACAACAUCAUCUGCAAGAGCUGCGGCGCCGGCCGCGGGGCGUGCACGCGCUGCGGGGACAACGUGCAGUUCGCCCCGCGCCAGCUGGGCUUGACGGAGCCUCGCAUCUACAUCAGCGACCUGCUGGCCCACACGCAGUACACCUUCGAGAUCCAGGCGGUGAACGGCGUCACCGACCAGAGCCCCUUCUCCCCGCAGUUUGCGUCCGUGAACAUCACCACCAACCAGGCUGCUCCUUCAGCUGUGUCUAUCAUGCACCAGGUCAGCCGCACCGUGGACAGCAUUACCCUCUCGUGGUCUCAGCCUGACCAACCCAAUGGAGUCAUCCUGGAUUACGAGCUGCAAUAUUAUGAGAAGGAUCUUAGUGAAUUAAAUUCAACAACAGUGAAGAGCCCCACCAACACUGUGACAGUGCAAAACCUCAAAGCUGGAACCAUCUACGUCUUCCAAGUGCGGGCACGUACUGUGGCUGGGUAUGGCCGGUAUAGUGGCAAGAUGUAUUUCCAGACCAUGACUGAAGCUGAGUAUCAGACCAGUGUCCAGGAGAAGCUGCCACUCAUCAUCGGCUCCUCUGCAGCAGGACUGGUGUUCCUCAUUGCUGUAGUCAUCAUCAUUAUUGUGUGCAAUAGAAGACGGGGCUUUGAACGUGCCGACUCCGAGUACACUGACAAGCUGCAGCACUAUACCAGUGGCCACAGUACGUACCGUGGUCCCCCACCAGGCCUGGGGGUCCGCUCUCUCUUGGUGACUCCAGGGAUGAAGAUUUAUAUUGAUCCAUUUACCUACGAAGACCCCAAUGAGGCUGUCAGGGAAUUUGCAAAAGAAAUCGAUAUCUCGUGUGUGAAAAUUGAGCAAGUGAUUGGGGCAGGGGAGUUUGGUGAGGUGUGCAGUGGGCAUCUCAAGCUUCCCGGCAAGAGAGAGAUCUUCGUGGCCAUCAAGACGCUGAAGUCUGGCUACACAGAGAAGCAGAGACGGGAUUUCCUGAGCGAGGCCAGCAUCAUGGGGCAGUUCGACCACCCCAACGUCAUCCACCUGGAGGGGGUAGUAACCAAGAGUUCACCAGUCAUGAUCAUUACUGAAUUCAUGGAGAAUGGCUCACUGGACUCCUUCUUGAGGCAAAACGAUGGGCAGUUCACCGUGAUCCAGCUGGUGGGCAUGCUGCGGGGUAUCGCAGCAGGCAUGAAGUACCUGGCCGAUAUGAACUACGUGCACCGGGACCUGGCUGCCCGCAACAUCCUGGUGAACAGCAACCUGGUCUGCAAGGUGUCUGACUUCGGCCUCUCCCGUUUUCUGGAGGAUGACACUUCUGAUCCCACCUACACCAGUGCACUGGGUGGAAAGAUCCCAAUACGGUGGACAGCACCUGAGGCAAUUCAAUACCGAAAAUUCACAUCAGCUAGUGAUGUGUGGAGCUAUGGAAUAGUCAUGUGGGAGGUGAUGUCGUAUGGAGAGCGGCCUUACUGGGAUAUGACCAACCAAGAUGUAAUAAAUGCAAUUGAGCAGGACUAUCGGCUGCCACCCCCCAUGGAUUGUCCAAAUGCCCUGCAUCAGCUAAUGCUUGACUGUUGGCAGAAGGACCGAAACCACAGACCCAAAUUUGGGCAAAUUGUCAACACUUUAGAUAAAAUGAUCCGAAAUCCUAAUAGCCUGAAAGCCAUGGCACCUCUCUCCUCUGGGAUUAAUCUCCCUCUACUUGACCGCACAAUCCCAGAUUAUACCAGCUUCAACACUGUGGAUGAGUGGCUGGAUGCCAUCAAGAUGAGCCAGUACAAAGAGAGCUUUGCCAGUGCUGGCUUCACCACCUUUGACAUAGUAUCGCAGAUGAGUGUAGAGGACAUUCUGCGAGUUGGGGUCACUUUAGCAGGACACCAGAAGAAAAUUCUGAACAGUAUCCAGGUGAUGAGAGCACAGAUGAACCAAAUUCAGUCUGUGGAGGUUUGAUAUCAACGUGUCCUCAUGCUCCGCUUCCUUGAAGCCCUGCUCCCCUUUGCCCCUGUAUGUCUGAGCUCUAGUUCUUGAGUGUUCUGCAUGGAUCAGAGACAGGCAGCUGCUCUGAGGAUCAUGGCAACAGGAAGAAAUGCCCUAUCAUCAACAAUGAAUAGUCUCCAAGAGCUUCUAGAAUUUAAACAAUGGAAAAAGGGAACAACAAAAUAAAAAAAAAAAAAGACAACUAUUUUGAAAACAGACAGACAGACAAUUAUUUUUAAAUAAUAAUAAAGCAAUUGCAUUCUUGAAAAGGGCUCCAAGACCAGGAGUCUCCAAAGGAAGAGAAUAGAGCAGCUUCAUCUAUUUUCCUCUUGCACAAAGUUGCUGCAGCUGGGCCCAGACACCUCUGGAGCAAUGAGAUGUUUUCAAGAAGAUGAAUGCGAGGAUAGAUCCCGAGAAGCACUUCUCUUUCUCACAUGGAGUGGCAGCUCUGGGGAUGUCCUGCAGCCGGCAGUACUUUCUGAAAGCCCCUGUUAGCAAAUCAAAGAGGAAAGAGAGCAGAGCUGAAGCUCUCUGGUGCUGUGGAACCAAGUGCAUCUCAGAAAUCGUUGGACUUCUUCAGAAGCUGAAGACAUUCUUUUUUUUUUUUUUUUUUUUUUUUUAAACAAGUAAACUGAGACUAGAAGAGGCUGUUUCCGACAAAUGAGAAGGAAUCUGUAACACUUGGGUGGGGGUGGGGAAUGGGGAAAACCAGUCCUUUUUACAUCUCUUAUUUUCUCUUGUCAUGGAACAGUUUUGUGAGUGACAGUUUCCUAAGGGUCCGUCCAUCCACCCUCCAAUGGCAUCAUUGUUUCAUACAUAUCAUAUGCACAAGACUUUUAGUGAUGUCCUCACUCGAUGCCAAUGAUCUUUUCCCAGAAGACUUCCCAAGUACAGUAUGUAGUAGAUUUUGAUUACAAAUGCUGACGUGUACCUUUAUUUUUUGGUUGUCAUUGUUGGGAGAAUUGUCCUUUUACAUUGCUUUGUUAACACCAAUUUGUGAGUUUGGGGUUGGAUUUUAUUUUAUUUUUUUUUUAAUGAGAAGGAAAUGACAUUUCCAAGCGUCAUAUCAUUCAAGAACUUAAAUCCUUUCCUUGUGGAAGGAAAAAAAAAUGCAGCUUAUUGACAAUAUGCCAGGAGAAUAAGUUUUUUAUAUGCACAUUUCCUCAUGUUUGCUUGUUUGUUAUUUUGCAAUUUGUCGUGGCCUGACAGAUGUUUCUAACUGUUGGGUUUCCAGUUGUUCACCGAGAUGAAGUGACCACCUGCUCAAUGCAAGGUUGCUGGUGCAAUGAUGAGCAGCAUCACAGAAGGGUUUUUUUUUGUUUGUUUGUUUUUUGUUUUUGUUUUACAGGGGGGAGGGAAAGACGGGGGAGGAUAGAUGUGUGGUGGGAGGGAACGGUGACUCCACAGCUGGCUGCCAGAGCCCCUUGGAGAUGUCUGACUGCUUAGAAAAGUGUCAGAAGUGGGUCGGUGCAUGUACCACAGAAAAGCAGGGUAAGCCUGGUCCUCUAAGAGGAGCUUAGCACACAGUUUCUCCGAGCCUGAAUUGUAUUAGCUGCUAGGUUGUGGAUGCCUCACUACAGUAACCAAACUCUGUGGAUGUGCUCUGUGCACUUUGGACACGCAGUCCCUUCGCUGGACAAUGCACUGGGGGCUCUGAGACGGCUUCAGUCUCAGCCAGUUGCCUCUUGGAGAACCUGGGCGAGCAAAGGAAAAAAACUCAUCUAGCAGCCCAGGUCUCUGGAGGAAAAUGCCACGGCUGAAGCUGAAUGGCCAGUCAGCGGAUUUAUAAAUAACUGAAAUAAAUACUUUAGUUACUCAACAGGUCUUUGGUAUGUGUAAAUACCACCAACCAAGUGCAGGGGAAAUACAAAUGAGAAUAAUUGGACUAGUUAUCCCUGUUCAGCACCAUCUCAUGUCUUCUGAAACAUGCCUACCACCACCCACCUUCCCCUGGCCAUUUGUGGCAUAUUUCCACACAUCUCCUGGCCAUAUAACGUGAAUUUACAAACUCUUGUCUGCCAUUGCCAUGUCAUUCGUGGGGUUCUUCACUCAGUUUCAGCAGCAUGGAGUGUUUGAAGGCAUGUUUGUUGGGAGCUGGUUUGCUGUAUUUUCCAGGAGCUGAAUCCAAGAGGAAGUCUGUAGAUGAAACUCCCAGGCUGUCUAGACCUCUGUGAUCAGAUAUCAUCUCCCUAGACUGCUUGCAAUAUGUGAGGCCAUUUUUAAAGUACUUAUAAUUUUCUUCUUUCAGACCAGAUCAGAUGAUGAAGCACAUAUGAGUAGCAGGAGACCAUUCCCUGCAAAUGAGUUACUUCUCUGCUUAGCUUUUUCGCUGGCCAAAUGUUUGGUGCACAGCUUCAUCAGCAGGGGCCUUAACUGAAGGAAUUUUCCACCCAGCUCCUAUUCGUGUUAGAUCUGUACUGGUGGAUUGCAUUUUCUAUUGUAUAUUGUAUUUCCCUGCUCUUGCACCCAAAAGUACAUCUGUAGUCAUCAGAUGAACAUGAGCAGCAGAUGUGUGCUGGGGGCUGUGGGAUGUGUUCUGCUCUCAGUAACUACAUUGCGUGCCCUCUGACAGCAGUGUUAUAUCCGAUUAUCUGCUGUAGGGCACAAGUGGAGAGAGUUCAGGGUGAGUGGGCAAUAGGUGUGUUGUAUGCAGGUGGUGCCUGGACAUUUGGGCUGCCUGUCCUAUAGCCAGCCUGCUUUAAUGUGUGUAUCUAGCUGAAGGGAUGCUUCGAAUGCCCUUGUGUUCAAAAACCGCUGCUCCUGACCAGGAAACAAACUCAGUUUUAAAGAGCAGCAUGCAAAACAUUGAUGGUGCCAACUAAGCUACGGUGUUGUCAGAGGGCACACAGAGAAAAAAAAAAAUUCCUCUCCACACCCCCUGUCCCACAGAACUGCUCUCAUGGUGUGCCUCUUCCACAGCGUAGCUGCUCUGUUUUAACAAUUCACAGCUGCCAGGUCCCCAAGGCAUGGCUUUCCCCAGGGCACGUCUGAAGCUGUUUGGUGGCAGGCCAGGCUGAGGGAAGCGCGGUGCCGCGCCAAGCUGCCUGCCCACAGCCAGCCAGCUACUUUUUGUGCAGGGGAGCUCUGCAGUACAAGGAGAGCUGUCUGUCCAGAAAACUCACCAGCAAAUUCCUGUGGGGCAGCCAUGUGGAAGGAGUGCACGAUCCCCUUCAGUUUUCUUUCCCAGACAGCUCCUGACUGCUCUGCACCCUCUGCUACACGCCUGCACGCACCAAGGACAAGCAACGGCCAGGCAGGAUCCCCCUUCAGAGCCAGCCACUGUCAGACAGGGCUUGGAAGGACACUUCAGGUCAUUUGAAGACGUUUUUUUCUUAAUGCACUGAAUCUCCUCACUGGCUAGCAUCACACACAUCUACCUACCAGACCCAAGCCACUGUGAAGGAUGGGACCACACAGCUCAGUGCCACAACGCGCCAAAGCCAUGGCAGCUGGGACAGAGAGAGCACAUCUUUUAUCUCGUCCUCUGACCAAAAUCACAUGUAACGAGUAACACAUUCCAUCUGAUUACCAGGCACUGCUAGCAUCAUAUCAGUCUGUAUCUGAUUGUGAAGGACUAAUGGUGAAUUGGACCUAAAAUAGAAAUGAUCCGUAAAAUACUUCAGUUUUCUGCAUCCUUCCAGCUUUUCGGAGAGGAUGAGGAACCAGGCUCCUGUAAAGUGCUCUGGUUGUAAAUGCUUCUGGUGGAUGCUGCAGUUGGUGGCAGUCACCAAAAUGACUUUAAUGAUUUUAUUUCAUGAAUAUCAGUUGUGCUGCUGGGAAAUAUGAGUCUAAUGGCAAAAUUCAACUUCAUGUGGAGAACAAGUAACAAGGGGAAGACACGUGACAUUUACACUGUGAAAUACUAUGGUGCAUGUGCAUGUAACAAAAACCAUCACAAUGAGAUUUUUUCAGGCAUCUUGUUGCAGUUUUCACAUUUUCCUUCCACCUUUCAAGCUAGCUUCAAGACCUACUCUUCUCCCCUGUUUUCUACUGCCAUCUGUUGCUGAAGGUCACCCAUGUCUUGUGCUGGCAUCCAGCAGAAGAGCUGACCAGGCCAUUAAGAUGAAAAUACUGUAUUAGUUGGCCAGUGAUAAAAUCAAAUCAUAUAGAGCAUCAGGGAGCAGAGUGAAGAAAGCAAAGCAUAUAUGGAUAAUAGAAAGGUAAAAGAAUCACCACAGUGCUAUAUUUUAUGGGUCAUUUUCAACAGUUGCCACCAGCCCUUUACCUGGAAGUAGCAGCAAAGUUGUAAGCCAGGCAAAAUGAAAAAUGAGUUUUCAAGAUAGAGCACUGCCAGGAGUCACGAGCUGUGGGGACACAGGCACAAGGCACUAUGCACUGCACUGCCCCUCCACAAAUUAUCUUCUACCACCACCACCCCUAAAAUCCCAGGUCUACCCUUCACAAACUUGAUGGCGAUUUGUGUCUUGCAGCGGCUGAGGAUCUGCUUGUUACGGUCUGGCUUCUCCUCUCCGUGGUAUUCCCUUUACCAAGCAGUAGCUUCCACUGGCAGUAACCUUCUGUGUAAUCUGUGUAAAUGCUGCUGUCACAGGGUUUAGCAAUUAUACAGUUAUUACCUCAGUAUUAUGAUUCAAAUGUAGAGUUUUAUCCCACAACUCCAUGGCAGUCAUAGUACAGCAUAGCCUUGUUUGUGCUGACAGCAUGCACCCGUGUUUCCAUGUGCAGGGAGAUAUACACCAUCGUAUCCUGUGUAGGGCUAGGGAGAAAGCAGGGCUACACCUUCAUGGACUCUGGCUUCGAAAACCUCCCAUAAAGUGGCUGCUGUCCAGUGCAGAGAUGGCUCCUGAUCCGGCAUUCAUGAGCUAAGGUUAGAGGUUUUGUAGUAGGUGCUGGCUACGCAAAUAAUUUUUUUUCCCCACACCCCUUGAAGUCAUUCUUUGUAUUGGUGUCCAAGGAAAGAUUCUUCCCAAUAAUGGUCAUGCUGCAGAUUAGCAGAGGCCUGUAGAGAAAACUCUUGGUGCGUUUGAGCAGCUGAGAAAAUGUCUUGGUAAAUUUUCUAGGCUGAUUUGUAUGAAACCUGCAAUCAGGGCUUGAAUUCUGCUGCAUCAGUUGUAUCCUCUAACAAUAUAAUAAAUCUGUGGCUGUCUUGGAUUUAUGAAUCCAAAGUGCCUGGAAGUAACACUGUUGUCCAGUUUGUUUUAGUUGAGUCCAUUUCUUUAAUGCAUUUCAUCUUCCUUUCUGUGUGUCUGGCUUGAGACUGAUUUAACGUAGGUCUUUUCCAUCUUGAAAAAUUUUACAAGUUCUUCACAUAUAGUAUUCAUCAUUUCCCCCUUCAAUGUCUUAAGAACAACUAACAUUGCACCAACUUCAUUGUUAACAGUCUGCUGGCAGUUAUCCAAUGUCAUAAAAGACAUCCUAAAAUUUAAUUUCUUUGCUGUGUUCCCCUCUUUCUAUGCUGCGAUCUCUUAGUGAAGCUAGUGCUUGACAUGCCUUCAGCUCUAGGAUCAACAAUCCUUUAUAUCAGACAAUUGAACUAAAUUACAUGUCAUCAAAAUUUCAGUCUGCUUUCUUUCCAUGAUUCUGCCCUGGAUCUUUAGUCUGUGACUUGAGCACCAGUCCCGCCUGCUUAUGAUGUUGGUUCCACCAUGUUCACAAUUCAAUGCACUGAUUUCAUCUUGUCAUUGCCGAGAACUACUGGAGUUCUCCUACUAUGCAAAAUAUUUUUUUUCUCUCUUCAGACUCAUUUUGGCCUCAUUUUUAGAAUUCUCCAGGAUGAUUUUGCUUAUUGCAGCUAUUGAACACUUCCCAAAGACACGACACCACGUCUGUGUGUGUUUACUUUCAUAAUGUGAUGCAUUCCAUAGUCCUAGAAAGCUCCCUGCAUUUUGCAAUUAUUUUCUGAAAUUUACUUUACUAUUCUCUCUCUGUGUUAGUGCUACCCAUUCUACUGUCUAAUGUUAGUUGCAGAAAUUUAGGGAUAGAAUCACGAGGUCUUCGCUCCCCUCAAAUCUGUGUUUGUCUUAAUUUUCAUUCCGUGCUGUCCUACAAAUAAUUCAGCAGUUUCUGUUGUUCUCAGUUCUGUAAGAAUUUUGCUCUUCUCUGCACUCGUGUGCUUUGUAGGAGAGCAGCAACAGUCCCACUCAAGUAAUAUGGUUUGAUCACUGAAUCAUUUUUAGUCUAGCCAUGGACUGUUUUUGUGGUCCCCGACUGCCAUUCAACAAGCCAGAGGACUUAACCUCAUGUGCCUCAUAUUUUUCAGAAGCCCUUUUUUUUUUCUUGAAAAAAAA